AUGGACCAGAACCGCACCUCCUCCCGCCUGCACAUCCUGCUGCGCCACCUCGAUGGCUGCUUGGCCAGGGCCAUUAUAGCUCACCCCACAUCAAGGACUGGUUCUCCAGCCAGUUUCCAGCCUCAACAAUUCCAGUAUACUCGGGAGAAUAAUGUUCUAAGCCUAGAACAGAGAAAAUUCUAUGAAGAAAAUGGAUUUCUUGUCAUUAAAAAUUUGGUGUCUGAUGCUGAUAUUCAACGCUUUAGGAAUGAGUCUGAAAGAAUCUGCAGAGAGGAUGUGAAACCAUUUGGAUUGUCAGUGAUGAGAGAUGUCACCAUCCCAAAAUCAGAAUAUGUGCCAAGCGAGAAAGUGGUUUCCAAGAUCCAGGAUUUCCAAGAAGAUGAGGAACUCUUCAGAUACUGCACCCUCCCUGAGAUUAUGAAAUAUGUGGAGUGCUUCACUGGACCCAAUAUUAUGGCCAUGCAUACAAUGCUGAUAAACAAACCUCCAGAUUCUGGCAAGAAGACAUCCCAUCAUCCCUUGCACCAGGAUCUGCACUAUUUCCCGUUCAGGCCCAGCAAUAGCAUCGUUUGUGCCUGGACAGCCAUGGAGCACACUGACCGGAACAACGGCUGUCUGGUUGUGCUGCCGGGGACACACAAAGGCCCCUUGAAACCCCAUGAUUAUCCCCAGUGGGAGGGAGGAGUCAACAUCAUGUUCCACGGGAUCCAGGACUAUGACAAAAACAACGCCCGGGUGCACUUGGUGAUGGAGAAGGGAGACACCAUUUUCUUUCACCCUUUGCUCAUCCAUGGAUCUGGUCGGAACAAAAGUCAAGGAUUUCGGAAGACAAUUUCAUGCCAUUUUGCUGAUGCCAACUGUCACUACAUUGAUCUGAAGGGUACCAAUCAGGAAAAUGUUGGAAAGAAAAUGGAAGAGUUAUUCUGUAAAAUCUAUGGACUGAAAAAUGCCAGCCUGAAGGAUAUGUGGACAUUUCGAGGGCGCGUUGUGAAAGGAAAAAGAAUCAACCUUUGA